AUGGGUGGUGGAGGUGGUGGUGAUGUGGGGACUGGGUCUGUGAGGUUUGGUGGCAGUGGCAGAAUCAGUGGCGGUUGUGAUGAUGAUGGUCUGACAAUCAUGGCCAUGUCCACCGAACGGAUUCUUGGUUUGUUUUUGUUUUUUGAAAAUGAAAACGGGCGCUGA